CCUUGCAUAGUUUGGUGAGAACAUGGCAACAACCCACGGUUUGACAGUUUUAGCACAUUCAUGCAUAAAACCACCAAGAAAUCCCAAAACUGGCCUCUCUUCAACAUGGCAUGAGAGAGCAAAUGCAUAUCACACGUUUGUAUUACAAAAUUCAGACACAGACGUUAACGCAAACAGCAAUAAUCAAGAUGGCCACGAAGACUUCGGUAGGUCUGUUCAUGUUUACACUAAUCCCGCGAUUGAUGAAAUUUCAUCACAACUUCAGGAUCUUGAUGACAACGAAUUUUAUCAAAAACUGUUGAAACUGAAAAAUGAGCAUAAAAAGACUUUAUAUUUAUGCGAGCAACUCUACAAGAAAAAAAUUUCGAGUGACAAACCACAGUCCAAUGGUCUAUAUCUUGAUGAUGAGCCAAAAUCUUCAAAUAUUAAUGUCUGUUUAGAUGAUGAGAGACAUGAAGAUGAAAAGACAAAUGAUAAGUAUAUUGAAAGGGAUAUACUACACACCACAGCUAGUAAACCACCAACUGGACGCCAGCAAUUCCAUACCUCACCAAUGUCAAAAAAGGCAGGUUUCAGUACAAUGCCUCUACCUCGACCAAGCUCUGCACCAGUGUAUAGAAGGAGGGGAUCGCUAACAAAGAGCUUAGAAGAAGAGGUCUGGGCAAAAAUAGCUUCAGAGAGAGGUCAACAACGUGAGAGUGCUGAUUCUGACACUGAACUAAACACUGAGAGACUUUUGAGGACAUCUGAUGAUAUAGUGAGAUCAUCAGAUGAACCAGAGUUAGCAGCAGCAAUGACACGUAUUGAAGACAUGUGGGAACAUUUUUCAGUGGAGGACUAUGCUCCUAGGCAAGUAAGGGAAAGACCAUCAUCAGCAUCUGUUACACGAAGAGAAAAGGAAAAGGAGAAAGAGUGGAGACAUCGAAUAACCAUUCCCAAGCCUUUCAAAAUGACCCUGAGGGAAGCAAACAAAGAGAAAACAAAAAGCAGACUCCAACUAGAACAUGAACAAAAGGUCAUAGAGGAAAAAGUUAGAGAAGAUCUCGAAUGUCAAAAGAAGUUUAAAGCACAGCCUGUUCCUGCUCACGUGUAUAUUCCUCUUUAUGAUGAAAUUAAUGAGAAGAAUGAGGCAAGAAAAAGAUACAUCAAGCAGUACAGUCGAGAACUUCUCAAGUCUCAAGAAAAGCCAUUCAAAUUUCACACAAGAGAAAGGGAAAAUGAAAAGCAUGCCAGAACAUCUUCUGCACCUGUAGAGAGAGAUGUCCACACAUUCAAAGCCAGACCUGUUCCAGGAUAUUUAUAUGACUCUUCUAUUGAUGAUCAAUUGAAAGAAGAAGAGGAAUAUCGUAAAAUUAGAAUCAAAUUAAGAGCUGAAGAGAUGUACCGCAAGUCCCAAAUGCCAGAGAACAUGGAAAUGAGACAAAAAAUUAAAGAUAUGAAGGCUAAAGAAAAGAAGAUAAAAAGCAAAAGAAAAAGCACAUCAGCAAGUAAAGUUAAACAUGAGGUUCCUGAUUAUGAGGAGCUUUACAGACAUUUUCAGAAGGAGCUGCUAAGAAGAAAGCAGGAGAGAGAAGGGACAGUGGUGAAACCAUUCAAACUGAGUACAGCAAGUACAUCAAAAAGGGAGAGAAUUCUGGAGGACAUGAAGAGAGAUGAAGAGGUACUGAAAGAAAACAGAUGGCCAUACAUGACACCUAGAACAACACCCAGAAAAAGUCUAGGCUUCUUGUCUAAUUCCCUGGACUCGCUGCCUGCAUCUUCUACUAAGGCUACAGACUUGAGAACUGAAACUGUGAAGUGUAAGAAAGGUAUUUUAAAAGAUAGGGAACAGCAGGAAAUAGAGCAGGAUAGAAAAAGAAGAAUUAAUGAGAUGAGGCUAAGGCGAAGCAUUCAGGAGCGGACAGGAGGCGACUUACAACCAACUCUGGAGGAGACAACACUUAGGAAGCUCAGAGCUUGCAGAGAAGCUGAAAGGGAGAGAAUAGAACAAUAUGAGAAAGAGCUUGCAGAAAUGAAAGAGAGAGUGGAGAAAAGACCCCUUUUGGUUGAAAGACAGUCACAGGUAAAUGCAAAGAAUGCAGUGAACAAGAAAUUUACAGCAACAUUGAGAAGUGUGGGGCUAGAUGAGGACUUUGUACAGACUCGUAGUUCCCAUGCAGGAAGUGUCAGAGAUGAUACUGCAGAUGACUAUGAUGAUGACUUUGAUGCCAGCUACAGCAAAAGCCGGGAUGAGAGCCUACAGGUCGAAUCAUAGAAAAUCUCCUCCUCAAAUUCUCCUCUCAAGUCAGCAAACUUAUCUCCCUUUGUAGGAUUUCUGGGAUUUUUCAGAUGAUUUUGUUCUCCGAUUUGCUUUGAUUCAGUGGUUUUUAAAUUUUAAAGAAUUGUUAGAAAAAUGAAAAAAAUCUUCUUUUUUAAUAUCAGAGAUAAACAUACUAGUACAUGUACCAGGAAUUAAUAGCAUGUAGUUUUUUUUCAGUUGAGUGUGAAUAUUUCAGAGAGACAAAAUAUUAAUAACAAAUAUCUGUGCAUAUUUAAUUCAGUUUCCAUAAAGAUAGGUUUUUCUUCAGUACAGGUAAAUGUUUAAAAUACUAGAAAUAAUUAUGAAGAUACUUAUUGUAGAUUAGAGGAUUAAUAUUUUACUGCAUGUAUUUAUAAAAAGUAUUAGACUAGUAUCAAGAAAAUUCGUAUUUAUCAAAGAGAGGUUUAUGUUUACAUGGAAUUUUGUUCAAUCAUUUUACCAGUACAUACAUUCAUCAGCUUAAAGAGGAAUCAAGGCAAAGAGUUUAUUACACAAUUUUAUCACAAAUUAUUAACUGUGUCCAAUAAUUAGCAUUUCCACAAAUGUUAAAAACUCUCAAGCAAUAUUUAUGGAGAAUGGAUUUGUAAAUGUGGUUACACAAACUCUUGUGCUGUAUUUAUUAAUAUAUUUGUCAUACAAAAAAGUGCAUUUUUUUUUAAAUGAUGGUUCAUGUUACAACUCAAUUCUGCAACAAGAAGUAGUUCAAUACCAAUUACUCAGAUAUUAAGUCAAAAUAUGUCAUCUGUCAAAUACAGUUUUAUGAUGCAUCACUUGGCGAUAGUUUGUUUGGCGAUGAGCUGUUUUUACCAACUUAGCGUCCCAGCUGUUAUAAUCAUUUUAAAGUCUAGAUUUUUUCUGAAUAUUUUACAUUUUCCUUGUUAUAUAUGUCUAUUUAUUCACUGCAUGCUCAUUGCAAUUCCGUCCAUAUUUCACAAGUCAGAUAAAAUAAAAAUGGGUUUGCAAGCCUAACAUUUAAUUAACUAGCAUCUUGUUUGCCAAUUUAUUGAAUCUUCAAACUGGUUUAGAUAUCUUUGGGUUUUUUAUUGUACUGUAUACAGCUUUGAUUUUGUGUGUAGCCUGAAUGAUUCCUUUGUAUACUGAGUUCUUACUUCAACAGACUUGAGCAUAUGUUAUACUCAGCCCUUAUCCAGCAUAAUUAAGCACCCCAUGUUAACAUUUUUGGAAGUCUAGUUCUCAAGUAACCAUUAGCUCUGUCUGGACCAAACUUUCAGGAAUAAUACAUCAAGGGAUGCAUACUACCAAUGUCUCACUAUAUUCUCCAGAUGUGUUAUAAAUACACAUGAUUUUACCUUAUCAUAUGGAACUUACUGAACUCUCAUUUAUUAAAAAAACUUGGAUUCACUGGUAGCUUCUACUUGUUAGAUUGAGCUUGUCAAUCUUUGAGACUUUGACUGCCUUUUUUUUUUUUACUCUGUUUUUAAAAGUUGAAACUUUUUUUGUCCCUUAUUCAUUCUUGAAAGUUUAACUUAACUUCUUAUCAACAUUGUUUAUAAUUUUAUUCUCUUGUGAAACCAUUAAAAUCAAAACUGGCAGAAAAAAUGUUAAAAAUUUGAUCAUCAUUUACAACAUUUAUUAGCUUGCAUCCCCAUGAAAUGAAAUCUCAUCUUGUUACUGUGAUAAUGUGUACAUUGUAUCUUAUAGAGAAUUUAACAUAUUUAUAUAUAUUAUUCUAACUUGAUAUGUAGAAAUAGGCCAUUGUUAGAAGUUUUUAAAUUAAAAUUCAAAACUUUC